GCCUUCCUUGUGACAUUCCAGCCCAGGAACAUGAUCGAUAGCCUUGAUGUUCGGCAUCUGGUGCGGCAAUAGCUCGGUGGAAGAGCCUCGGCUCCUCCAUGGAGGCCAUCACACGGAAGACGUUCUUUCCGACCGGCGAUUGGUUACCGAGGACUGUCGACGCCCACCUGACCUUCAAGCCAUGCGAACCUCAAGAGUGCAACAAAUGUGCUACACUUCGGGAAUUUGACGGGCUGAUAUCGCUCGAUUCCUUUCGCUGUGGUAGGUCUGGCGUCUCCUCACCUGUAGGAUGUGGUAUCGAACCGACACAUGGACCAGUUCUGCAGUGUUUUUGCGCACGUUGUACUUCGGUCGAAUGAACAGCAUUGCAGCAACUGCCACGAGAAUUCCUCUCCGUGACCUGCGGCCCGUCCGUUUCCCCAAGCGACCUAAUCACGAGCAGUAUCAAAACC